GGCGCGAAAUUGCUUUGCGUUUAGGAAGAGUCUGCCGACACAGUUUCCACAUUACUGAGACUGUUUGUAAUCAUUUGUGUUCGGGCACUUACCUUCAAAGCAAGAACAUGAUUGGGCAGAAAACUAUUAAUUCAUUUUUCUCACCGAUCUCCAAAAAGAAGUCUUGCAAAGAGUUAAAUGAAGCGGAGAAAGCUGAUAAAGACUCGAGGAAGCGCAAGUCCUCGGCGGUUGAUCCGGAGCCCUCCAGCCCCCGGUCGGCUCCUCUGUCUCAGGAACAGCUGGACAUGAUCGCCCGUAACAAGAAGGCGGCCUUAAACAAGCUCUCUCCUCCCGGAUUUGCGGGGAGCUGGCAAAAGGCGCUGGCUGCUGAGUUUGGAAAACCUUAUUUCAGACAGUUGAUGCAAUUUGUUAACGAAGAGAGGAAACAUCACGUGGUGUACCCACCCGCUGACCAUGUCUUCACCUGGACGCAGAUGUGUGAAGUUCAAGAUAUUAAAGUGGUGAUCCUCGGUCAGGACCCGUAUCAUGGUCCAAACCAAGCACACGGAUUGUGUUUCAGUGUCAAAAGACCAGUGCCCCCCCCUCCCAGUUUGGAGAACAUGUACAAAGAGCUGAUCAAUGACAUUGAAGGCUUCGAGCAUCCUAAGCAUGGAGAUCUAAGUGGCUGGGCAAAACAAGGUGUGUUGUUGCUCAAUGCUGUGUUGACCGUGCGAGCACACCAAGCCAACUCGCACAAAGGCAAAGGCUGGGAGACGUUCACUGACGCAGUGGUGCAGUGGCUCAACAAUAACUUGGAAGGGCUCGUAUUCAUUCUUUGGGGAGCCUACGCACAAAAGAAGGGGGCCACCAUUGACAAGAAACGUCACCACAUCCUGGAGGCAGUGCACCCUUCCCCCCUGUCGGCUCAUCGUGGAUUCUUUGGCUGCAAACAUUUCUCAAAGGCCAAUGAGCUGCUGAACAAAUCUGGAAAGUCACCUGUUGACUGGAAGGCACUUUAAACUGUUGCACUUGUCUGCUUUUUUUCCACACCAUGUUGUUGAACUACAGAGACUCCUUAAUAAGCUUGUCUACAUUUUCAAAGUUAACUGUAGAUAACAUUAUCUUCUUACACUAGAAACACUGUUCUACUUUGUGGAAAGUUACUUUAUCGUCUUUUGUUAUGAUGCAUAUGUUAUAUUUGGGAGUUACAGUUUUGCAUAACGUUUGUAUAUCUUUAUUGUUUUAUACAUUAAAAAUGUUACUACAUCUCACAUUUGA